AUGGCACACUAUUUUGACCACGCUGCAGCUCCUGCUACAUCUGCAGUGGACAACUACGAUAUUGUGACAUUUGCGGGGCAAUUACAUGGCACCAACGUCUACCGCGGAACGCCUCGUGAGAAGCUGCACGCAGCCUGGAGAGAAUUGCUAAAGUAUCACAACAUACGCGUCCCCAAGUCGGACUUGGACAAGAUCAACCGGACUUCCCUGCCUCUUGAAGAUGAUGAAGGCGGCCAUCUCGUCACCCUCGAGGCCUUUCACCACCUGCACUGCCUGAACCAGCUCCGUCAGCAAAUAUAUCACGAGUACUAUUACCCCGGCGUCGGCGAGUGGAACAGCACAAAGCGAUUUUCACACGUCGAUCACUGCGUCGAUAUCCUGAGGCAGACGUACAAAUGGAUUCCAGGGCACGGAAGACCUUGGUCGGAAUUUGACGUUGAUCAUACUUGCCGCGACUGGAAUGCUCUCAUGCAAUGGGCAGGCGAUCACCAUAUUCCCAACGACAAAAUGAGAGGGUCUGUGCUCACACACCCUGACCUGGGGCCGGCUUUUCCUGUAGAGAAUAAAGAGCAUGCCGAGCAAGUCGAGCAGGUUGUCUCGUAG